AACACUAAGGAGGGAGGUGAGAUAGUGUUGUGUAUAUAAUGUGAAAUUUUUUGAAACUGAAAAUUGUUUCCUUCACCUACUUCCUGUGUUUCAGUUUUUAAGAGUAGAACCUAUUCUGUAUCAAUGUAUCGAAACAGAAUAGUGGACAGACUGAACUUUGACCGUGUAAUUCUAGUAGAGACAGGAAUAAUUUGUACAUAUGCAGUGAAAGAUCUUGAUGUUUUGAACGUGCUAAAAAUGUUACAAAAGUUCAGCCAAGGAUAUGAAAGGGAUUUAAAGACUCUGUAGUGAAAAAUAAUGAUUUUCCAACUCAUUUUAUUAGAGUUUGGAGUGUCCAUUUCUUAUAAGAUGGAACAAAAAUUGAGUGCACAUAGUUUGUGUCCUGAACAUUUUAUUAAAGAGAACUUCAGUGAAGACUGACAGGUGCUUGUUUAACUUCUGUUUUGCAUCUCCUAUUGAUUGGAAGGCUUUCCAAUCAGUUAUGCUUUCCAGUUGGUCAACAGUUGGUGAAGGAACAAGAGAUGAGAAUUGUCUGUGCAGCAGCUGGAAUCUACUUUUUAAGGCUUUUUAAAAUUAUUUUCUUGGCAAAAUUGAUUUGUCUAAAAGAUUUUAAUUGCAGAGAAUAUAUUAAUCUGACUUUCUUAAAACUGAUCAUUUUAAUGAUAAACUUGUGGGCUUUUGGAAACCAGUCAUUUUAAGUUGUGAAUUUGCAGUUCAUUAUGAUUUUGUUUUUUAUAGACCUGAUUACUCGGAAUAUUGCAAUGUCAUCACAGGCCAAGUUUAAGAGAGCACUAAUGCUUUUUUGUGUAAACCUUACAUACCAACAAAUCUUCUUUAGGUUUGUUAAAAUAGAAAAUCUUUGCUUGUAACUGAUUGCCAAACUUGUUUACAAACUGAUUGUAAAACUCUGUAAUUCUUAAAAUAAGCUCAACACAUCUAUUCAAUAACUAGAUUCAGUGCUUAAUUCAAAAAUAACUUCCUAUCACUUUGAUGUCAAUGUGCUAAGAACAAUGGAAUAUGCCCCCACAAGUCCUGGAGCCUACACAGGUGAGAACAGCACCCGUGUGGCCCCAGUAAUUCAAAUAUGGCUUUGCAUGGUGGCCACUUACAGCUCGGCCCAGGUCCUGAUUAGCUGAAUUAACUUCACAUGCAGACGUACCCCAAACCCUUAACUUGACUGUGGUAGUGGUUUUGGUCUUGCCUACAUGGUGUAGCAAUAUGCACCAGAAAGGUGUAAAUUGUAGCGCUCUCUAACUGCCCUGUGUAGGCCCUGCUGACAUGCUCUGAAAGAUACCCAGAACACAGUGGUGUAACAUUUGAAACAGCACUACUUCAGUGCACGCUAGGAACUUUUCAGACCAUGUCAGCAUGGUCUAUGCAGGGCAGUUAGAGUGCUCUACAAUUUACACCACUCUAGUGUGCAUUGCUGCGUUGUGUACACAAGCCCUUUAACUCUAGUUGACUGUCAGGGUUAUAGAGUACAGCUCAAGGGCAUGGCUACACUUGCAAGUCAGAGUGCAUUAAAGCAUCCCCGUGCACUCUAACUCACGAUGCAUCCACACUGGCAAGGCACGUAGAACACUCUGACUCUGUGGCUGGAGCACUUCUGGUAAUCCACCUCCGUGAGAAGCAUAACACUUGGUGCGCCCUGGCUCAAGCGCCAUGGCGCCAGUGUGGAUGCCCUGGUCUGUUAAUGUGCUCUGAUCGACCUCCAGAAGUGUCCCACAAUGCCUGUUCUAGCCACUCUGGUCAUCACUUUGGACUCUACUGCCCUGCUCUCAAGUGACCAAUCAUCAGACUCAUCCUUUAAAUUCUCUGGGAAUUUUGAAAAUCCCUUUCCUGUUUGCUCAGCAAGGCGUGGAGUACUCUCAGCGCAUCCUUGCAAGUGGCGCCAGGCAAUCCCCAGUAUGGAGCAAUGGCAAGGUUCUGGACAUCAUCAGUGUUUGGAGGAAGGAAGCUCUCCAGUCCCAGCUGCAUUCCAGCCAUAGAAAUUAUGAUAACUUCGGGCAGAUAUCAAGGGACAUGAUGGAAAGGGGGCAUGAUCGGGAUGGACUGCAGUGCAGGGUUAAAGUGAAGGAGCUGCAGAAUGUCUACCGCAAAGCCUGCGAGGCAAACAGUUGCUCCAGUGCUAGCCCCGCAACCUGCCGUUUCUACAAAGAGCUGGAUGCAAUACUGGGGGUCAACUCUACGUCCACUCCAGAGACGACCAUGGACAAUUCAGAGCCAAGUUCAACAAGGCGAGAGGAGGAGGAAAGUGGGAGCGAGGGUGCUGAGGAGGAGGAAGACACCCUGGCAUCCCUAGAUGCAUGCAGCCAAGAGCUAUUCUCAAGGUGGGAGGAAGGUAGUCAGUCUCUGAGGCCAGUGCUUGGGGAAGGACAAACACCAGAGGACGUGCCCAAUGCAGCCUUGAGAUCUCAGCCAUCCAUGUUAUCACGGUCCGAAAGACUCCACAGAAUUAGGAAGAGGCUACGUAGAAGCAAAGAGAACGUGUUGCAUGAAGUAAUGCAGCAUUCCCUUCAUGAAAAUCAAAAAGCGCAGGAGUGAAGGGAGAGUGAAAGGAGGUUCCGCCAGCAGAAUGCAGAGCGCUGGCGCCAAAGUACAGAGCGGCUGAUAAGCGUUAUGGAGUGCCAAGUGAACUUGAUCCAGGCAUUUGUAGCCAUGCAGGUGGAGCACUGCUUUCUCCCCUCCCCCCCCCCCCCCCCCCCGCAGCCGUUGUCCCAAAACUCUUGUGCCCCCAGGUCACCUCCAACCCACUUUCCCCAGCAUCUGGGUUCUUAUCACCACCAGCUGCCUCCAACACCUGUAGCUUCACCACCGAGCCCUGCAAAUUACGACCUUUACCCACUGCGCUCAAUCUCCGUCACCAUGCAUUUUAGCCAGCCUGAAGUGCAGCACUCAUUGCACAGCAUUCCAGACAGGAAGGCUGAGUAUGAGAACAGGACAUAGCAAAUCUGUGAUUGAAUUGUUCCCCACCCCACCCCCUUGUCCUUUCUGUUUCCCAAGCAGUUGUGUUUCUUUUCAAUAAAUGAAUUUUCUUUUAAAUAAAUGGC